AUUUUUUUUGUGUAAAAUAUGCCUGAGAACGUCUAUCUAUAGGUCGUGUGGUAAAGCGUAUAAAGGACGCUCCUGUUACCAAUCAGGUAAUUAGAGGUGCAACACUGCAAGAACCUCAUCCUGUCCAAUCAGGUGAGCUAUAAACCAAACAGGGAACAAGUGGCUCAGGUUUCAUGGCUCCAGGAUGGAGGGCUUCCUGUCCACCUUCCCGCCCUACAAUGUGUGCAGCAACCUGGUGUGCACCCCUCCUCCACCGCCGGGCCAGAGAGGUGUUUGGGCCAAGGGAGAGGCCCGCUUUGUGACCCCGCACAGCCUCAACUACCUAGAGCUGUGCAAAGCCCUCCUGGCACAGGUCACCAUCCCCUCGCCAGCCCCUCCUGGCAGGAGGACCAACACCAGGGAGUGCGGUGUGCAGGUCAACGCCAAGGUGGACAAAACUGUGCAGUGCUCGCUGGGCCCCAAGACGCUGCUCUGCUGUCCAGGGGAGCGCGAUCAGGCAGGGCUGGCCAAGUACCCAGAAGUACUCUGGGAGGAGGGGAAGGCGCCAUGCACACCACCAGCACAGGUGAGCAACCUUCGCUUCACCAGGCCUGUGUCCAUCUACUCCCCGGUGUUCGAGCACAGGUUCCCUGCCAAGCACAGAGAUGAGGGGGAGCAGAAACACCAGGAGGCGGAAGAGGAGGCGGGAGAGGAGGUGGAGGUGGAGGUGGAGGAGGAGGAGGAUGAUGGGUGUCAGGACACUGAAGAGGACAAUGCUGCUGUCCAUGAACCCUACAGGGGCCCCAACUUUCAGUUCCUGGAGCAGAGGUAUGGCUUCUUCCACUGCAAGAAGUGUAACAUCCGGUGGGAGAGUGCUUAUGUUUGGUGCAUCUCAGGAACCAAUAAGGUGUACUACAAGCAGCUCUGCCGGAAGUGUCAGGUGGGCUUCAACCCCUACAGAGUGGAGUCCAUCAUCUGCAAGGGCUGCUCUCAGACGUGCUGCACCUGUGAGAAGAAGCAGAGGCACAUCAACAUGCGGAGGCCUCACCGCCAGGACCUGUGCUGCCGCUGCAGAGGCAUGAAGCUCUCCUGCGAUGUCACCUACAGCUUCAAGUACAUCGUCUGAAUGUGCUUAAAGGGCUGGAUGACGGCCACCAUCCAUGUGCCAGAGAUUCUUCCUGCAUCAGUCCUGGUGCUUAAA